GCAUCAAUUUGUUGUCAGUGAUGAGGAGGAUAACUGUGGUGAUUGACAAUUUCUAUCUCUGUAUUGUUUAAAUACUUACUGUUUAUUGUUGAUAUGUUUCUUAUAUGAAUUGAAUUAGAAUUCCGCUAAAUACAAAUUCCUGAGUUCUGCCCUCUCUGUGUUUUGUUUGGAUUCUUGUAAUUCGGUCAUCUCGAAAUACUAAUACUACGAAUACAAUAAAUUACUACAAAUUGGCGUCGCGACGGAACUAAAUAACCUGGAAAAACUUCCUAUUGAUGGGUCUCCGCGGGAGAUUGCUGAUUACCUUGAAUGCUUUGAUGCAUGGUGAAUUUCAAAGAACGUUCAGGAUGACAAAAUACCAGCACAUAUCAUCACUGCUAUUGGGCUAGAUGCGUAUAGCCUAAUGAAGACUCUGUCGUUUCCAGAUAAACCAAUUUCUCUGCCAUAUUAUAAACUCCGUGAACUUCUGAUAGAUCACUUCCAUAUAACUACCUUAGAGACCAGAGAGAGGGCUCAACUCCAUAAACUGGUUCGUGCUCCCAACCAGAAGAUUAGAGACUUUAUUCUGCAACUCCAAAUACAAGCUUCAAAGUGUAACUUUGGAGAUCAGCUGCAUACUCAACUACGUGAUCGUCUAAUUGCUGAAAUCAAUAUUCCUAAAUUAGAGAAAGAGUUAAACCAGAUUCCUUCUUGUACUUUUCAAAAUGCUAAGGAUUUAUGUAUUACAUAUGAAGAUGUCAAUAAUGAAUACUCUGCUCCCACUACGUCAGUAUCUGAUGUCAUGCUUUCUAAAGUCGAAAAUACAAGUGGUCAUGGGAAGCAAUCCAAACUGCCGUCCACAAGUAAUAGAAUGCAACCAGGGAUCAAAAACAUUAAACUGUGUUUAUCCUGUGGAAAGUUACAUCUACGAAGCACUUGCCGUUUUCGGGGUGCUAAGUGUCACAAAUGUGGUAAAGUUGGACACAUCAAGACUAUUUGCAGAAGUUCGAAUACUUAUGUUACUCAGAAUCCUGAUAAUUCUUCCAGUUUAUCUGGUAAAAUGCAGUCGAUGUCUCUUUCAACUUUUCCCAAUACUCAAUCUCAUCUAAUGAGAACCUUCACUACAAGUUCAGGCAAGUCCCAUUGUUUUAUAAUUGAUACUGGGAGUACUGAAUCUAUAAUUUCUAAGAAAGAUUUACAAUCGAUUUGUAAGAAUGUCCAGAUAGACCCUACUUCUAGUUCAAUUACAGGCAUAACUGGUCAUAAAUUACCUCUUAUACGGGCUACUAACAUUUCUUUGAAAUCAGACAGUGGUAAUUUUGUAAAUAUUUCCUUUCUUGUUAGUGAAUAUGGUCCAUCUCUAUUGGGAUUAAAAGCCCUUAGAUUGUUAAAUGUCGAAAUUUCACUUUGUACUGAGUUGUUUGAUGAAUCUUUGUUCAGAGAAUUACUUCUCCAAUGCUCAAAGAGUGUAGGUGGUAUGAAGAUUCAGCCCAUCCAUCUUGAAAUAGAGGGUGAUCCUAUCUUCCUGAAACGCCGAUUAAUUCCAUAUGGAUUGCGAGAUGCAGUUAAGAAAGAGUUAGACAAGUUGGUUGAGCAAGGCAUACUUAUGCCAGUUGAGUCUUCAAAUUGGGCUACUCCUAUUGUUACGCCACUAAAGGCUGAUGGAAAAACACCUAGAAUUUGUGGUGACUACCGCCUUACACUCAAUAGUCGUCUACUACAGCAAAGUUGCACUACUCUAGAAACUGAAGACAUUCUCUACAAGCUACAUGGCUCAAGAUACUUUUCAAAAAUAGAUCUAAAAGAUGCCUAUUUGCAAAUUCCUCUUGAUGAGGCGUCUAGUGCAUUAACAACCAUUAAUACUCCAUUUGGAUUGUUCAAGUAUAAGUUCUUGCCUUUUGGUUUAAAGGUUUCACCUGCAAUAUUUCAAAAUGUAAUAAAUCAGAUGAUAGAUGGAUUAGAUGGUGUUGAGUCAUACCAAGACGACAUUAUAGUUCAUGGUCCUAAUAUCGAAUUGCAUAAUGAACGUCUUUUAAAACUGUUCAGGCGUUUAUGUGAGAAUAAUGUUCUUGUUAAUCCAUCUAAAUGCCAUUUCACUUUGUCGUCUGUAUCAUGCUUGGGAUACACAGUAGACUCCGAAGGUUUCAGACCUGAUGCUAGUCGUUUGGCACCUCUAAUUCAAGCACCGUCACCUAAUAAUAUGUCAUCGUUGAGAUCAUGGAUAGGUACUCUUCAGUUUUACUCCAGAUUCAUUCCCAACUUCACUCAACGGUUAUCUCCACUUUUUGAGAUUGUCUCCAGUAAACAGUUUAAGUGGGAACAACAACAUGAGAAUAUCUUGCGGAAAACUUUGGAGUUUCUUAAUAAACAAGCUUUCUUAAGACCUUUUUCAUCGAAAGAUAAGUCUGUUCUCACUACAGAUGCUUCUCCUAUGGGUAUAGCUGCAGUACUUGAGCAAAAUGGACAACCUGUUAUUUGUAUUUCAAGACGUCUAAGUAAGAGUGAACAAGGGUACUCACAAACCCAGAAAGAAGUUUUAGCAGUUGUAUGGGCAAUAAGACGCUUGCACAAGUAUCUCUUUGGUACUAAGUUUCACAUAGUUACUGAUCAUCAAGCUUUGAAAUUCAUUUACAAUCCAGAAAGAUCUUUGAAUAAAUCAUUUGCUGCUAUGGUUCAAAGAUGGAGUUUAGAACUAAGUGCAUAUGAUUACACUAUUGAACAUAGAUCGGCAAAGGAUAUACCUCAUGCAGACUUCUUAUCUCGUUAUUCAUUAUUUGAAAAUGCUGCUAAUGAUACUGAUUGCUUAUUAGUCCAGCCGUUACCGGUGGAUCGAGUUCGACUUAUAAAUGAUACUCGGAAAUAUUACGGAUGCGUUAUAAAUGCAACAAAAAGAGGUUGGAAUGUUCAGUGUAAGCGAAGAUUUCCAGACUUUUAUAAGCGAAGAGAUGAGAUUUCAGUUCAUCCUGAAGGAUUUCUAUGUCUGAAUGACAGAAUUAUUAUUCCUCCAACAUUAAGAUCUGCACUUUCGGAUGAUCUACAUUCUGCUCAUCUAGGAGCUGAUAAGAUGAAAUCAUUAGCACGCCUAACAUGCUGGUGGCCGGAAAUUGAUGCUGACAUUAACAAAAGAUCAAAGAGCUGUUCUAGCUGUUUACAUAAAAUGUCCUAUGGGAAGUCAUCGUGGACACCGUGGCCUGCAUCUUGUGAGGUUUGGCAGCGUAUUCAUGCAGAUUACUGUGGUCCAUUCUUAAAUUCAUAUUAUGCUUUAGUUAUUGUGGAUUCUUAUUCUAGAUGGCCAGAAGUCAUCAUUACAGAUAGUCCUAAUGCCAAAUUCACUCACAGAGCGUUGAGAAAGAUUUUUAGUCGAGAAGGAAUUCCAGAUGUCUUAGUUACUGACAAUGGUACUCAUUUUACGGAGAAGAACUUCAAUGAUUGGCUCAAACAUAUAGGUUGUCGUCAUUUGUACACAGUACCACGUCAUCCUCAUUCAAACGGGUUGGCAGAAAAUUUUGUACGAACAUUAAAGAGUGCUAUAGCAUCAAUGAGUCCUCAAAAUUUUGAUGAGCUAGAGAGAUCUGUGGAUAACUUCUUACUUCAAUAUCGCAAUGCGGAGCAUACAAGUACCCGUGAAAGUCCUGCAAAACUAUUCAAAUCCCGAAUUCUCAGAAAGCAUCUGAUGUCCACGACUUCUGAUGUACAUUAUUACAGAGGGAAUGAUUAUAGACCUUCUAUUGGUAUCAUACUACAAAGAAUGAGAAAUCGAAUGGUGAAGAUAUUAGACAUCGAAGAUAAUUCAGUUCAUAACAGACACUUGGAUCAAGUGAGAAUAAAUGAGGUAGGUCGUUCCGAUUAUGAUUAUAAUGACUCCGCUACUAAUCCUGACUUUCUAGAUAAUUCAGAAAUAAGUCUAGAUGAUACUGAUGGAAAUGAUAUCACCGAAUCAGUUAGAAGAUCGCAGAGACUGGCAAGCAAACCGCGAUAUCAUUAUAAAUACGCAAGGAGACAUUCAACGUGUGGCGGAUGUGGUGAUUGACAAUUUCUAUCUCUGUAUUGUUUAAAUACUUACUGUUGACUGUUGAUAUGUUUCUAAUAUGAAUUGAAUUAGAAUUCCGCUAAAUACAAAUUCC